UGCAACACCACCCGCGCCACUCUCCCUUCCCCUCCCACCUUCUCUCUCCUCUCUGCUGUAAUUUUCUCCUUUAAUUUGAAUCCUUCAGAUUCAGGCUCCAUUUCUGGCCUCCAGGGUUCGAGGUCUCUUGCCCUGAGUUGUGAUCUCCUCCCCCAAGUCUUAACGCUCAAACCCCACCCCCACCCCAAGGCCCAGAGUGCGCUUGGGACCUCCUUGGCAGACCCGUGCAACUCCGGCAGCCGCUGCCGCUGCGCCGCCGCCGCGAGCCGCAAUGGGGGAGUGAGAGGCCCACAGCCGGCCCGUCAUGGGCCUCCCCGUCGUACCUGGCCUGCUGCUGCCACUGGUGCUCCUGGCUCUGUUGGUGGGGAUACAUCCCUCCGGGGUCAUUGGACUGGUCCCUCCCUUUAGGGACCGGGAGAAGAGAGAUAGUCUAUGUCCCCAGGGAAAAUACAACCACCCUCAAAAUCAUUCCAUCUGCUGUACCAAGUGCCACAAAGGAACCUACUUGUACGAUGACUGUCCAGGCCCAGGACUGGACACAGACUGCAGGGAGUGUGAGAGUGGCACCUUCACUGCUUCUGAGAACCACCUCAGACAGUGCCUCAGCUGCUCCAUGUGUCGCAAAGAACUAUUCCAGGUGGAGCUUUCUUCUUGCACAGUGAACCAGGAUACCGUGUGUGGCUGCAGGAAGAACCAGUUCCGCCAGUAUUUUAGUGAAAAACGUUUCCAAUGUGUGGACUGCAGCCUCUGCCUCAACGGCACUGUGAAUAUCCCCUGCCAGGAGAGCCAGAACACUGUGUGUACCUGCCAUGCAGGGUUCUUUCUAAGAGAACACGAGUGUGUUCCCUGCAGUGACUGUAAGAAAACAGACUGCAUGAAGUUGUGCCCACCCGUAUCUGAAAAUGUUCAGGUCCCUCAGGACUCAGGUACCACAGUGCUGUUACCCCUGGUGAUACUCUUUGGUCUUUGCCUUUUUUCCUUACUUUUCAUUGGUUUAAUGUGCCGUUACCCACGGUGGAAGCCCAAGCUCUACUCCAUUGUUUGUGGAAAAUCAACUCCUGUAAAAGAGGGGCAGCUUGAAGGAAUUACUACCAAGUCCCAAGCCUCAGCCUCAGGCUUCAGUCCCUUCCUUAGCCCCCCUCAACCCUCCUGCUCCGUCUUCACUCCCAGUGAAUGGUCCAACUUCGGGACUGUGUCACCCGGAAGAGAGGUGGCCCCAACCCACCAAGGGACUGACCCCAUCCUCACCUUGCCUGUCACCUCCACGCCCAUCGUCACCCCAGUUCAGAAAUGGGAGAACUCGGCCCAAAUACAGCGCCCUGAUGCCGACCCGGCGACCCUAUAUGCGGUGGUGGAUGGAGUGCCCCCAUCGCGCUGGAAGGAGUUGGUGCGGCGUCUGGGACUGAGUGAGCACGAGAUCGAGAGGCUGCAGCUGCAGAACGGGCACUGCCUGCGCGAGGCGCACUACAGCAUGCUGGCUGCCUGGCGGCAGCGCACACCACGACACAAGGCCACACUGGACCUACUGGGCCAAGUGCUUCGUGACAUGGACCUGCUCGGCUGCCUGGAGGACAUUGAAGAGGCGCUGCGUGGCCCCGCCUCCUUCUCAACCACACCCAGGCUUCUCCGAUGAGGCCACGCCCCCGCCUCAGGGAAGAACACUGCCCUGGUAACCGCUGCUUCCAACUCUGGCAGCCUACAGGGAUGGUCUUGCGAGAUGCCCUCGGGACCUCCUUUUCUGGAGAGGAAGGACCUUGGAGGGGCAGGCGAGAGCCGGCAGCCACUUACCUGGUGCUACCCCCUCGGUGUAUAUAGCUUUUCUCAGCUGUCUGAGCACUGCCCGCUGUGUGCAGCGCCAGGAGUGGCGCGGGUCUACUCGUGGCUUGGCUGAGCGUUUCUACAGCCCAAGGAGUGGUUGCUGGGAUAGGUGUACCAUGCCUCAUGCCUGUUUUGGUUGUAGAGGAUCCAGCAAGACUGCUCAGGGGCCCCUGGUUGGUCCUGGGCCCUUUUUCACCAUAGAUAAGCAAUCUUUUUAUCAGUUAUGUUACACUAAUGGAAACUCGGCAUUUGCCCCUGUCCUGGUAAGCAGAGUAAGCUGAAUUGUCCCAUGGCAGGGGCAAGCACAGAACUACAGGACUUCAGCUGGAGCCGUGGACUUUUGUAAAUACACUAAAACUGGGAAUUAAACCUCUGAGUCUGGA